AUGGACUGCUGUAAUGAGGCUCAACAGUCCUUCCUCCUCAGCUUCCUCUGCUUCGUCGCUACAACCUUCUUACUGUGGCGAACGCCGAUCUUCAAGCCGCUCAAGCUCUUCGCCGUGUUUCUGCACGAAUUCUCGCACGCGACGGCGGCCACGCUCUGCUGC